UCGGCUCUCAGCGCUCAUCACUUGCACUUAUUCGAUUCACACCGAAGUGACCGAAGAGAUUUGUAUUUAAUUUGUUUUAAAUUACAAGUUUUGGCACACAGCAUGGCAGCAACAGCAAACGCACCGGGCAAGGCCGAGAUGAUUGACCUGACCAAGCUUAGUCCGGACCAGUUGAUGCAAAUAAAGCAGGAGUUUGAGCAGGAAAUGAGCAAUAUUCAGGACUCGCUAUCAACUCUGCACAGCUGUAAAGCAAAAUACGCCGGCUCCAAGGAAGCACUAGAAACUUUCCAGCCGGACUGGGAGAAUCGCCAAAUUCUUGUGCCGCUUACAAGUAGUAUGUACGUUCCAGGACGUGUGAAGGAUCUCAACAACUUUGUGAUCGACAUUGGCACUGGCUAUUACAUCGAAAAGGACCUAGAAGGCUCAAAGGACUAUUUCAAACGACGUGUGGAGUACGUCCAGGAGCAGAUUGAGAAAAUCGAGAAGAUCCAUCUCCAGAAGACCCGCUUCCUGAACUCUGUGAUCGCAGUGCUGGAGUUGAAACAGGCAGCUGCCACAAAAAUGUUGCAGGCCCAGCAGCAGCAACAGGCUCAGGCGGGCACCCCGAGCGCCUAAGAUAAUUAAAUUAUUCAAAUCAUAAAGGAUGUGUAUGCAUUUAAUUAACGUAGUUUAUUAAAUUGUUCAACUAUUUUUUGGCCUCCUCCAAAGCCAAGCUAAGGACCUUAA